CGGUAAAGGAUGUCGGAAAAACAAAAUGGAUUCCCUCAGGCGGCAAUAUGUUAUUUAGCAUGUGUGAGUUUACCAUAGACUACAACAAACAGUUGCAUUUCUUUUCAAAAAUAAGAAAAUAUAUACAAAUUAGCACAACUAACUUGUAAAAGUGCACGUAAACUUGCAAUUCAUUUAAAUUAGGGAAUAAACUCAAAAAAUGCAUUCAUUAUUAAAUAGUAAAUGGGCCUUAAAAAAUUUAAAAGUUUGAAACAUGGUUGACUAAAAAAAAUGAUUUUAAUGAAAAUGAUGUGAUUAAGAUCGUCUUGAUUUGAUUGUAUUCACAAAUUAGAGCAGCAAUUAGGCCAUCCUUACUGGCCAAACAAUGAUCAACAGAUUUACUUAUUUGGAUGACCAUUCAUGUCAGAGGCGUAGCGAGGGUGUUUAACGCCCGGGGACAAGAUUCGCACCCAGGGACAAGAUCCAUUUUAAAGCGUCCCUUUUUUCUUUUUUUCAACUCUCAAACCCAUUAUUUUUACCAAUAAUAUAAUAUCAAAGCACAUUUUGGCGCCCCUAACUAGCUUGCUCCCGGGGACAUCUGUCCCGCACCCAGCUUAACAAAACCAAUCGCUCAUUACUUUAAAACAAAUGCAUCUUGACAUCCAUAACAAUUAUAUCCCUCAUAACAACAACAAAAAUAUCGCACCCAGGGAAAUGCGUCAUAGCGCAUUCAUGGCUGAGUCAAAGUGGUGCAAAAUAAAGAAAAGUUCCAUCAGUGCUUACGGAUUAAAAUUAUCAACCCAGACACAUAACAUAACUACGCGAUCUUACAGUGACAGUAAUAAUUAUUAAGAUCAAAUAGCUUUGGCCCAAUGCGUUUUUACUGGAUGUAGUAUGGACUGCGCCACCUCAUUUUGUACCCAUAUGCCAUGGCCAUAUUCUGUUAUUUUCAUUUUGACAUACUGGUGCUACUUUAUUACAUAAUGAAUUUAAAAUAUAAAAAAAAUUAUUUGCUAAAAUACUUGUUAAUUGAUGAUAUUGUUUUAAAAUAUAUAAAAAUGUGCAUUUAUAUAAUUAAAUUGGAAUCAUGUAACAUAAUUUAAAAUAGUCUACUCAUUAAAAAAUUAAAGUGCAGAGAGAGGUCAAGUGAGUUUAGACUGCAAUGCUUCCUUCCUCACACAUGGGCCUAAGCUGAAUAGCGGCUUUGGCUUUGGUAAAGAAAUUUUUAAACUUAUAAAACUAUACAGCUCUAUUAUUAGCUUAAAGAAAAUUUCAAUUUAAAAAACGAAACCAACAAAGUAGAAACAUCAACAAGCUUCAGUAGUUUUUGAGCCAUGAAUUUUAAAAAAUGUAAGUUCAUUUGUCCUUUUUUACUAUGGACUACAUGCUCACUCACCCCCAAUUCUUUUGUUUUGAUUUUUUGUGCUGUUAGUUUAAUACCCAAUAAAUUUAAAAUUGCUUUUUUUAAUAUAUUGAUGUUUUUGGAUUUAAAAUAUAUAAAAAUGUGUAUAUUAUUAGGCUAAGCCGAAAUAAUGGGAUUGAGUACAUAGUCUACUCUGAAAGGUCCAGAGGCGUAAUAUUUGGUAAAAAUAUGAACUCAGAAUUAAAAAAAUAGAGACAGGUGCAAUAUUGAUGGUAGUCAGCGUAGCAACUUUAUUGCAUCCCUUAGAUAUGUGGCAGGACCAGCAGACGACUUGCAGUCGCCCCCUUUCCUAUUGUAGUUUAAAUUUCAGGUUUUGUAACAUACUCCGGACCGCAAUUAUAGACAUUUAUUAGUUCAAUAUUCUUUUAGAUUAAGUUGUAAUUUGAUGACAAUGGCAUGUUGUCAGUGGAAACAGGAAGGGUCACAUUUAUUGCCCAUGCACAUUACCUCAAUAAAAAUUUAACUCUUAGAAGCCCCAAUUAUGCCUAGGGUUCAUAUUGUCCCACCCAGUCACUUAGUAAAUAUAAAGGAUGUUUUUUAUAAUGUAAAUGUUUUUUUUUUAAUGAAAUUUAUUUUCAGUUGAUGACUAGUAAGAGUGUGAACUUGCAGACUGUCAUCAUAUGUUUAACUUCCUUUCAUCUGUCUUGCUGAAUCUGUUGCAAAUAACACAAUGAAACUGGAAUUGAAACCUGAAUGUAUAAAAAUAUUUAAAGGUCGAGAGGUUACUGCAACACAUGCAGGAGUAUCUCAAGGUGCUUAUCAAAUCAAUGAAUUUAAAGUUAUUUUUUACAUUUUUACAUUAGAUUGGAAGAUUGGUGGAACAUGUGAAAUUUUAACUUUUCAGUGUACAUUAUUGUGAUUCAUUUAAAUGAAAUUUACUUUUUAAACUUAUGUUUGUUAUGUCUUGUCAAUUUAAACGUCAUCACUUCAUUUGAUUAUUCUAAAUUUACUUUCAACUGUUAUGUCAUGAAGUGCAUGAUAACACUAUAUUUAAGCUAAACAUCAUAUCUUAAUGUAAAAAGUAAAAUCUUGUACAGUAAUACCUUAUGCAUUUUUGUUUCGGGAUUAGAGAAAUUUUCAUUGGAACCUAAUUUACAUACAGGAUUUUUUUUCACAGAUUUACAAAAUCCUCAAAAUAACCCUGUGUUUAUAUUUAAUUUUUGAAGUAAGUUUUAAUGCUUUUGAGUGUAAAGUAAGUUUUUAAAAAAAUGGCUAAUGAAAAAUCGGGGUGGGGGGGGGGGAUCCCCCUCCCCCCACCCCCCCCCCCCCCCCCCCGACAGGUUCUGCAACCUAACCUAGCAAAUGUUUGAGGUAUUACUGUGUACAGAAAUUUUCCCUUAAUGAUCUCUUCAACUGUAUCUUGUAACAUUAUUGGAACAUGCUUCAGUAAUUUGUUAUCUUUCAUUUUUAGAUGGCCUGAUCAGCUGGAUUUAUAAAGAAGCUUAUUUAGAAGUAACUCUGGCACAGACAAAUGAAAUAUUAGCGUCAUGGAGGUUUGGAAAAGUUUUAAAGGAUACACAUACUGCCAUUGGAUGUGUCGCAAGCCUUAAAUAUCAAGGUGGAUACUUGUUGCUUGUUGCCACCACUAGCGGCUCUGACCAAGGAUGUCUCUCCAUUUUUAGCUUAGGUCUGCGAAAAGUUGUACGAAGUAUUGAAAUACCUCAGAAGGUAAGUAGUUGGAGAAUAUAAUUUGCAUUAAUGCUCUGAUAUUUUUUAGUUUGUUUUGUUUAAAAUAUUCAAAUAACACCUUCCUUGUUAUAGAUGAAAUUAAGAUUAGACAUGGUUUAAAUGUUAUAGUUCAAAUGAAUCUUCUUUUGUUUUAUACUCAUUUAAUUGUUCUUAAUUAUAAUGCAACAUAAUACUGAUAUGAGUUUCUUAAAAAUCUUUGAAUAUAUUUCUUCUGAUGGUUAGGUAACAUCCCUAGAGGUAUUAUUUACAAACACAGCAGAUGAUGUUCCAACUUGGGUUUUAAGCAAGCACCUGCAAUUCUUUUCUGGCCUGGCUGCUGUUGGAACAGAGGGGGGAUAUGUUUAUCUUGUUGGUAUGUGAUCCAUAAUUUAUUUACACCAUUUAAUUUUAUCAUGGUAUCAUCAAUCAUCAUAAUUUACUGCUUAUGUACUAUUGCUCUGACCCAUCAAUUCAAUUGUAAAUUUUUGAUCUCUCAGAUCUUUGUCUAGAUGACUUAGUUUUGCAACAAACCUCAGAAACCAUGCCUAAAAAGCUAUUGGUCAUAUCCCCAAGCAUUGUUGAUCCUAAAGCUAAGAGGGACCAAGCCCGUUCAUAUGAUAAACAUGUAGCACUUCUACUAGAUGGUGAGUUACAUAUAUUAAAAUAAAUAACAAUAAAAUUUGAAUAGAUAUGUAGGGUAAUUUUUAUUAAGUUUCUUAUGGAACAUUAUUUUUUUAAUUUAAUCUUCAAACUAUUGUCACUAAAAUAUGUCUGCAUUUUGUAGGAAGAAUUUGUUAACAAUUUUCUUUUGAAAUGCUUGACAUAAAAAGUUACCCUUUAAAAAUGCUCUAUACUGUGCCACUCCUUGUAUUUAGUACACCUCUAAUUUGUAUACAUAUGCUUGACUUAUCUUUAAAAUUAUGCUUGCUAAUAAUUUGCUUCCUAUACUUAGGAAAAUUUGUUUGUGAUGUGCUAAUGCUGUUCAUUAUAAUUAAUAGUAAGUUUAGUCAAUUUUUUUCUUCAGAGCAGUGUCAUAGGCAAGGUCAUUAUUAUUACAGACGACAAGAUGAUACAAUUCAAAAAGUUUUUGAUGAAGGUAAUGUUUAAAAAAAAAUUUAACCCACUGAAACUUAAUAAUUUGCUUGUUUGAGUACGAUUAACCCCUUUCCUCCUUUUGGUGAUUAAGUUUUUAUGAUUUUGAUUUUAUUCUCUUCAUCAUAUAAGACACAGUCAGUAUAUCCUGUCUCAAGUAUAUUGAUCAAGCCGGGACUCUUGCUAUUGGCUUCAAUUUUGGCUGUUUCCAGCUUUGGAAGCUGUACAACCCAGUGCUAGAGUAAGUACCUGAGCUACUUACUUAUCUGUCAAUGGACUUUCAAAGUAUACUAUUUACAAAAAUUUAACAUGAAGGUCAUUAAAAGUUGUUUUCUAAAUUUAAAUUAUAAACUCAUAAGCACAAUCUAGUUAAUUGUAUUAAAAUUUAGAAAAAAAUAAAUGACUUUAAUUGGGGGAUUCUUAUUCAUUUGAGUGCUCAAAAUUAGUAUAUUGCACAUUUUAAAAUUCUGAAUGGUGUGUCCCAAACACUAAUCGGUAGAGAAACUUUACAUAAAACGUAUGUUUACAUGUUUAUCUUUCUUCAUAUCUCUGUAAUAUAUUUUUUAUAAAUAUAUAUAUAUAGGGGACUGCGUUCAAGCUGUGUAAAGUAAAUAAAUAGUAUAAUGAGAAAUUAUAAGUGUUGAAAAAAGACUAGAGAAUUUGUUUCUCUGUAUUGUUCAUCCAAAUUAAAUCUUACAGUUAUAGCUCACGAUAUUCCCCUGAUGGUGUACUGGUAUCAGGAUUUGUGGUACAGGAACCAGAGAAUGAUCCAAGAAACUUUGUCUAUUUGUGGGUAGCUCGUGAUGAGGCCUCUGAAGAGAGGUAUGGCAAUAUUUGUUUGGAAUUUUCUUUUUAAAAAAUCAAAUGUGAAACAAAUUUUCAAUGGAAGAGAUUUGUAAGGCAGUGUCUACACUUUAAUGUAGUUUUCUUUCUUUUAAACAUCUUUAGAUGUGUCAAUCUACACUGGUUUUCUAGCAUCUAAGUACAAAUUGCAGAUCCUGUUACUGUUUCUGUACUGUAACAAUUUAUAUUUUAUUUUUCAAGUGUGGCCAGUGUUUGUUUGUACCAGCUGAGUUUUGCCAAGAAAGAUGUCUACGCAAACUUUGGCAUGUUUUAUGAUGUAAGUGGUGAUUUUAAUAGUUGUAUAACAGACUGGAUUAUUAUUGUUUAAAGUUUUGUGUCACCCUUCAGUUUGCUGAAUGCUCUCAUUAAAAAAUGUUAUGACCUGGGAGUUUUUGACAUCAGAAUAGUAAUUGUUUUGAUCAAUAGUAAGAAAAAGCAAGCAUUUUGCUUAAUCUGUGUAAUUAAGAGCCCUGACAUUUUUACUUGCUAGGAACUUGAGAGUGUAUGUGCUCGUCUGGAUCACAGGCUUACUUUGGAUCCUUACAGCAGUGAUAUCAAAUCAACAUGGAGUAGUAGUCUUAUUAAUUGUUUCACAAUAAGGAAUCCUUUUUACAUACCAUCAUCAACUUUGACAGAGUCCUUUGAAGAAGGUAUGCUUUAUUUUUUUUUUCAUUCACCUAAAUCUAUUUCGUUUUAUAUAAUCUAUUAUUUAUUUAGUCCUCUAUAGAGUAUAUGAUAAUCAACUGAUAUCUUUGUUACUAGGAAUCCAUUAGGGCUUGAGAGAGGAGGGGGGUGGGGUUGCAUUGCUUUAAUGCUCAUUAAAUAAAUUCAUUUUCAUUCAGGUCAAGACUCAAGAUGCUGCUCAUCCCCUAUCAAACAACCAUUUAGACUAAAAAUUUCUAUCUAGAACAAAUCAACUUUUCUCUAUUUACUUUGAACCCAUCCAAAAGAAUUCCAAACUGCCUAGACAUCUUUAUUUUGCAAGUAUUGCCAUUUGUGAUGAUGUAGUUCUUGUUACCCAUUACAGGUUUUCAUGGAAAUGAUCUCAGCCUAAGUGUUUUUGUUUGGCGAGCUGAAGGCAAACAAGGUGGUGGAGCGUCCAAGCACUGGAUGACAAUAUUUGACCUGAACCGGUGGUAUCAUGCUCAAAUGCCACAUUCGGUUAGGUGCCAUGGGGGUUCACUUCAAGUCUGUUCAUUCUGGGCUGUCUAUUGCUUAGAUGAAAUAGUUGAACUCACUCAGUCACACACUCUUUUGGUGAGCUUACUUUCUGAACUUAAGCAUGGUCUUUUAAAUUCAUCCACUUUCUACCCCAUAAGAUUUCCCAUGUUAUCAUUACUUAACCGGUUUCAAAUUAAAAAAUAAAAUUAAAAACAUUUUUUUGUUAAUUACUUUGAUUGUAUAUUCAUACAUUUAAAUCCAUAUCCCUUUGAAAAAAUAUAAUUUCUUUCUCUGCAGUUGUUUGCAAAUGAUUUCUGCUAAAUUAAUACCUCCUGUCAAUAUAAUUUUUUUUAAACAGAAUUUGGAAGUGAGUGGGGACAGAGUUCGCAGGUUUAUCAACAACUCACCAUUACCCCCUGAGGAGCACAGUUUUCCAUCAGCAUUACAGCUCACAAGUAACUUAUGAAUAAAUAAUUUAGAUUAUAUAAUGAAGUUUUAAUUUAAGUAAAGCGAUUUCUAACCUAAAAAUCAGCUUUAAAUUACACAUUUGGUACAAGUUUUUAUUGUGAAUUAUAGUUAUUAAAUCUACUUUAAAAUGAUUGUUUGUUGGUAAGUUCAAGUUCUAUUAUUUCUUGUCUGUUUUUAUUAGGGAUGCGUGUGUGUUUUACAAUUCAGUCCUUUCCUUUUAAAACAAAAUUUAUUUUUGUUUUUAAAAAAAAAUCUUUAGGCAUUAGAUUUAUAACAGCAGAUGGCUUUAUAAGUGCCAGAUGUGAUGGUUGGCAGGGGCAGCUGAUCCGUCAGUUUGUAGAAGAUGGAGUCCAGUAUCUCAUAGAACCAGCUGACUUCUAUCACCAGUGUCUAAGGGCACGUCUACUGCCACAAAACUAUGAGGAUUUUAAAUCUAGUGGACUUGUAAGUGCCAUUUGGAAAAAUCUUUAAUGUUAGCCCUGAAAAUAAAAUUUAAAAAAAUUUCGUCAUGGUGCUUUUUGGAGUUUUUAACUUAAAUUCUACUCCUAGUUCAAAGUUCCUUAAAUUGUAGUUGAACAUGAUGACAUUUUGUCAUUAUUCUAAGAAUAAUGGGAAAUAGUGAGCAUCCUUUUAAUAAUCUGUGGCAAAGCAUUGUUAAAAUUGAUUCAUUUGGCGUUUUUAAACAUUUUCACUGUCGUGAUUUUUUAAUAUUUUGAACCUGCCACAAAACUGUCUGGCUGGUGAUGAAAAAAAUUAGUCAAAGUGAAUGAUAAUAGUUUUUUUAACUGGUUAUGAAUACACUACCAAGCAUCUUUAAGUAAGUGCAAUAAAAAAAAAUUAAUUCAAUGCAAAUUCCACUAUUAUUGUGCAGCAUUUUUAAUUUGGUUAAUGAGAUUAAGAUACUUCAGUGUUUGAUGAAUUUCCGUCCGUUAAAUAAAAUCCUUUAAUUCAUUCUUAUAGAUAGUAACCCCUUAAGGAAUUAUUUUGUUCACCCUCCUUAUUCCAGGAUUAUCAGCGUAGAGCACUCUUGAACAUGGCACUUGAAAAAAACCUUACAUCAACAUUGAUACCACAGUGCAUCCAACAGUGGGGCGAGGGAGAGUUUGCUGAAAAGGGAUGUACUUUAACACUGUUGCUUGAUUGGGCCUGGGACAGAGUUAUCAGCAUAAAAAACUCAUUGGACUCCGUGUGUAAGCACAAUUAAAUGAUUUUAACACAAAUUCACAUGUUUUUUGCCCUUUUUGUAUAUGUUAAGCUUCAUUAUUUUCUUUGAAUCUUUCGGAAAAGGAUGACCCUAUUAGAAUUUAAAUUUUUUCUAACCUUCAUAAACAGUCAUGGACAUAACUGUUACCACCCUGCAAAAUGCUUUGUAUUCUAUGUUUAGUUAUUGCAAAUAUUUUUUAAUGUGGGAUAAGGAGCUUUCCUCUUUUGGUUAACACAUUUUUAUUUCUUUAAUAUGUAUAACAUAAAGUUUUGUUUCGUUGAUUGAAAUUGUAUAUUUUUUUAUGAUUAAAUACUGUGAUAAUAAACUUUUUGAAAUGACAAUCAAGAUGGUCUUUUUGUAAUGCAGGUGAAGUGCUUUAUGACAGGUCAGGUCACCAAAUUGAUGCCAGGACUGACUGGCAACUUGAAUCUCUUACUGGCUCAUUAGCAAGAUUAAAACAUAUCUUCGAAGCUCUCAUUACACAGUCCAGCCCCACUACCGAUAGAGGCAAGUAAUGUUUAAAUAGAUAGGGUUGUAUUUAGUAUCUGGGAGAUAAUUGCCAGUUCCUUUAAUUUGAAAUUAGCAAGUACAUCUUUUUUAUUGGACAGAAACAUUCAUUUUAAAUAUUUUAUUGCAAUUUUAAAAUUAUUUUGUAGUGUCAUAAGACAAAGUAUCAAUCGUUUUAUUUCAUCAAUCGAUAUCAUUAUAUAUGAUAAAAAGUAUGGUGUUAUGGUGAGUUCAAAGUCGCAAAAUAAAAUUCUAGAUAACUGCUCUAAAUAAGAUUCUUAAAAAAUGCUGGAAGUGCAUUUAGUACAUAAUAUUUUCUUUUAUUUAACGGGAAUAGUCUCAAUUUAAAUAUGAUGUAAUAAAUCUGUGGUGUAAAAGGGGAUAGGACAUAAGAAUAUUAAUACAGUUCAGGGGCGUAAAAAUGGGGUUAGCACUAAUUUGGAAAAGAAUUAAGUGCUGUCUUGAAUGCUUAUUUUGUCAAGUAAUUUUAGUUGAUGGGACGUUCACACAUUUCCUCCACAUUGUUUGUUUACCAGUUACUAUAGUAGCUUACUAUUUUAGCUUCUUUAAUUUCAUAAAAUAAAAUGGAGGAAAAUUAAAUAACUAUAUGACUGAAAUAAACCAUUGAAAUUUAUCUAGCCUCAGAAGCACUGUGUGUUUUAGCCAUGUCAUCUCAUUAGGCUGAAAAGUACAGUUAAAAAAAAUUGCUUCUCUGUUUGAUUUGGAGAAUAUUUAAUUGUAAAUAAACAAAAUGAAGCAUAAAUGUUUUGCCAAGGUUCUAAAUUUAUAAUGCUUACUAAUUAUUUGAUUUCCUUUCAAUAAUCAGGCCAACUAGAACUAGAAAUUCGCCAGGAUGUAAUUAACUUCUUACUGCAACAUUUUGAAGUGGCUCGAUGGUGUAUCUCCAACAGCUUCCUUCCUGAAAUGGAUAGCAAUAACACUGCCACCGGUGAUUUAUUUGCAUAUCCUUCUGAUGAUCUGAGUGAAGUGUAUGACAAAAGACGUGCAGAACUGAAAAAUUUUAAUGGGUAAAGAAAUAUGUUAAUUUGAUCGUAGUAGGAUUUUUAAUGUUAGUUUCUGACCUUGUGGGUAAUUAAAACUAAAGAGAGUACAUGAACGCAAUUCUUAUAGCUACAUAAAUAUUUAGCACUGGAGUAUUUAUCCAUCUUUUUUCUGUGCUAAUGCUUUUGUAGUGACAAAUGAAUAUAGGUUAAGCUAGUCUGUAGGCCAAAAUAGUAUAGAUGUAAUGAGAUACAAUUUAUAUUUCAGUGUGAUGGAAGGCUUUAGUCUUCUCCUGAUAGAUGACCUUUUAACUUGCCAGGGACAAGCCAUCAAGAAUGCUUGGGAAGCUCUUGGUGGGAAUGGCCUAUACCCUCCCCCCAGCAUGCAGGUUUGUCAAGAAUUAGAUGCUAGAUUUAAAUAUUCACCUAUUCAGUUAUUAUUUUUAACCCAUUUUCAUGCUCAAAUUUCAGUAUAGACAGAUAUAAAAUACAUCUCUAAUUCAGGCUAUUUAUCAAUGUUUAUUUUACCAGUUAGCACCAAAUUGACAUGUGAUGUUUCAGUAAUUAAGUAGAACUUCCUAAUUUGCAUUACAUACAACACACCAGAACAAAUCUCUGACUAUAACAUCAUAAGUAAAGACUUCACAGCUUUCAUUUAGCUUGAAACCUUAGUGUUAAAAACUACAACAUGUACAUCUUUGUUAGAUUGCAAGAUGCCUGAUUCAGCAAGAGCGCUACUGCAAAUCAAAUAGUUUUUAGUUUGUUUUUUUAAAUAUAAAGAAAAUAUUGCACUUUUCACAGGGUAUUGUGAAUAUGUACCUAAUAGAGGAUGUCAGCACAGAAGUUAAGCAUGCCAUCACCCUUUACCUGCUUCAAGAUCUGGCAGCUAUGGAAAUGACUGAUGCAGGAGGCACUCUGGUCAGCUUUAUCAAAAGAUUCAUGCUGAGUCCAAGUCUGGUGCACCAGGUCCAGGGUCUGUGGUUUAUAGAUCAUAGGGACUAUGAGGUUAGUUUGUUCCUAGAUCAUAAAGACUAUAAUGGUCCAUUGUUUAAAGAGAAUAUGAGGUUAAUUUGUUGUUUGUAGAUGAUAGACACUGAGGUUGUUUUGUAAUUUAUUUAUAGAUAAUAGUUUUGUUUUUAAAGAUUUAAACGGUUGUAAUAUUUAUGAAAAUUUUAUAUGAAACUGAGCAUAAAAAAUAUAUCCUAAUACUACAUACUGAUUGAAUGGAAAUUUAUAUUAUAUUCUUCUUUUACUUUAAAGGAAGGUGUUCGACGUCUAGUCAAUCCAAAUGUCCAUGAAGAUACUUGUGGCAGCUGGAUACAUGCAGCAGUGGUCAACACACUUCUUGUACAGUCGCAAGGUCUGGCAGCUACUCGCUACCUACACACUAAAUGUGUGCUUGGUAGCUCCCCACAAGAGCAAAAGCUCUACAUUUCAGUUUUGAUCAACACACGGUAAGCUGUUAACUUAAACAGAGAUGUAGAUCAGUGUCACAUUUUUGAGACUUAUAGUGAAUAUGGCAAUGAAAAUCAUAUUUUCCUAAAAUUUGCGUGGUAUGUUCUUGGAGACACUUUUUUUUAGCUCCCCAUUUCAUCCAGCUCGGCCAUUACUUUUUAAAAUUAGUUGCCCAAUCUUCCUUUCUUUACACAAAGUUUUUAUUUUAUUUUUAAUAUGUUUUCAAAUCAAUUGAUGUGCUUCACAAUUUAAUUUUAAUGUUAUCUUCUUAUUUAUUUUAUGAAAAAGGGCAAAUUUUAUAUAUAACUUACAAAUUUCUGCAAACAGGCAGGUCAACCAAGCUCUUGAAUACUUGAGGGGAUGCCAAAAUGAAACCAACUUUGGAAAUCUAAUGGAACACCUUUUGAAAGAGUGUCGGAAAAGUAAGCUGCUUUUAUCUUAGGAUAAAUGACAUUCUUGAAAGGUAAAAUCUCUUAGCGAACAUAAUACAAUAAAUUGACAUGCAUCCGAAGGAAUUUUACUUCAUGUCUGCAGUUCUGAAAACAUUUGUAUUUUGUUACUUACACUUACAUACAUUGUUAAAAUUAACAUAUGUAUGAAUUUUUAGAGGUUAAUUUAAAAGUUUUUGAUAUCUUCAGAUAAAUUGCUUGGCCACCUUCUGCAGUUGAACCUUAACGAACAUGAGGAAACUUAUCUUGAACAAUUUCUACGUAGCCGGGUAGAGCCACAUUCUCUGGAGCCAUUGCUAAUGUAUUACCUCCACCGCUCUCGAUUUCUCCAAGCUUUCAAGCUAAAUGAAGAUAUGAAAAGAAUGGACAAGGUAGUGUGACAUUGUAAUGAGAAAAUUCUUCUAGGUGUUAAGACGACAUUUGAUAAUAGCUGAAGCAAAGGGAAUGUGCUAAUCUGCUUUGGACUGAGGUUUAAUGUUUAGGAAUUAACAUAAGUCUUUGAGACAGCCACUUUUCUCUCUCUUGACUCGAGAUGUAUAUAAAUAACAGGUUGAAAUAACUAUUUAAUAGUAACCACUGAGUAAAUUUUUUUAGUUGACAUAAUUGAAAUUUUGUUUAUAGUGAGUGAUGUUGAUCCUAAUAAUUUAUAUUAGUCUAUGCACUUGUCCUACUAGAUACUGGUUUAACCCAAUGCAUUCAUUUUUUUAAAAAUGACAUAUGUACAGAUGGAGACAAGCCGUGCUGCUCAAGAACAAGCAUCGGUGAGAAACAGACUGAUGGAUGCCUACUUGAGGGCAAUGCCUGAUGUGACCAGAAAACUGCUCAUGGAGAAAAAUAAAGGAACCAGCAUUGGAGCUGCUAAAAAAAUUCAAAGUAGGUUUUGUGAAAUGGGAUUGAAGGGGAAAGAAAGAGAAAGUUUACCUCACUCCCAAUCCUCUCAAUAAGCUACAUUAUUUUAAACACUGUUAUGGAUUUUACUUAAUAUCUAGAAAUAACUAUAUAAUAUUAAAUUAAACAAAUUUUAUUUCUCACAUGUUUUUCUAAAUAUUUUACUGAAAACUUUGACCCAAAAAAAAAAACAGUGAAAUAAAUUAAUUUUAAGCUUAGAUAUGAAUUGGAAUUUGUUUCUCUGACAUGUUACCAUUUAUUUACAUUCUUGUGUAUCUUUCUACAGUUGAAAGACCAAAACCUCUUUCCACCAUGGUACGUAACACUGACCAAACAGCAAUGUCACGGUCACAGUUUGUCUUGGCUGUGAUGGAAAAAGUGAAAGAAGCUAAAGAGAUGUAUGACUCUACAGAAAAAUCUCAAGAAGAUGAGGAACUUAACUUGUCAGCUGAACAGUAUGUAGAAAUUGUACUGAGAUAACCUUAGGAGUGUCAGCCUUAAGCUUUAAAUUGCUUAAUAACUCAAAAUAUUUGUGAUAGUUCAGUUAGUGUCUCAAUUACAGCUACAGAAAGUAAUGAAAUAAUAUAUACAGUAAAUUCAUUGUGUAAUAAGUAAGAGUCUUAGCUAAAAUACUUACAAGAAUAUAUUUAAUAAUAAUUAAUAACUCCCAAUUAUUAGUCAGAAUGUCAAUAUUUACUUGUUAUUUUAUAAUGCACACAGAAAUCUUCAGAGAAUACCAUUUUAUUUCUAUCUAGCAGAGAUAAGACACUGGUAGAACAGGAAAUCCCUUUCCUUGACACACCUAGAUCCUCCAGGCCUAAUUCUGUUUUACGGUUAGUUCAAAAUAUUUUCUUUGACAUUUUAGAUUCUUUCCUCUUAGUUUUUUUUUUUUACUAUAUUUUCAAUCACUCUGUUUCUUUUCUUCUUUGCUUCAUUGUUGUAAGGGACUUGAGCUCACACUUUUUUCUAUCUUUCUUAUUUAAAAGGGAGGAUACAUGUUACGUAAAUUUAGUUUUUAAAUUCAUGCAGUUUUUUUAAGACGGCAGCAUUAGCAGAAUCGUCCAAAUGUAUAUUAUUUCCUUUAACUGAGUCAUUCAUAACUAUUUUUUUACCUACAUAUAUUGUUAGUCUUUAAUGAUAAUUCGUCUCUUUUCUUUUUUUUUUUUUUAGCUUCCCCAAUAAUUAACAUUCUUAAUUGCUCUAGACAAAAGUUGCCAAAUAAUUAAUAGACUUAAAUAUCCUUUUAAAUAAUUUGAUAGAGCUCAACUUCACUUAUGUGCCGAGUAAAUAUUAUAUACAUAGUUAAAAUUGUCAAAACCUGUUUGUGACAAUUUACAAACCUCAUUCAAUGUAAGAUGUGUUUAUGUAUAGUGCAAUUACCUUUAGAUUAACUAAACUAAGCCAUCUGUUUUCCUCAGACCAUCUAAACUCAUCGAAAAUUUCUUCAGAUUAAUUAAACUAAGCCAUCUGUUUUUCCUCAGACCAUCUAAAAUCAUUGCAAAUAUUUAUGUAUUAACUAAACUAAGCCAUCUGUUCUUCCUCAGACCAUCUAAAAUCAUUGCAAAUAUUUAUGUAUUAACUAAACUAAGCCAUCUGUUCCUCCUCAGACCAUCUAAAAUCAUUUGUCCUGAUCUCAAACAGUCUCCUGUACCAACAAAUAGACUGUCUGUGAUGAAACAUAAAACGUCGCUGUAUGAGAAUGAAACUAUCAAUGGAAAUGCGUAAGCACAUUAUACAUUUUUUAACCCUCCCUUUUACAAUUAAAUUUAAGUAUACAUGAAUAAGCAAGAAUUAAAAUUGCUGCGUAUUCAAAUUUGUUUGGUUGCUGCGCACAUCAAGGUAAGCUGGAGAAGUAUCCGAAAGCCCAUGUCAAAGCAUUAAAUAAAACUAGAGAGAGAGAGAAAGUUAGUAGAUACCUUACUUGGAGGGGUUAUGAAUACAUGUUAAGUUCUAUAAAUCUUGUAAGGGUAAAAUUAUAACUGAUCAAUAGAUAGACGUUAAUGUUAUUGGGAAAGAAAAACUAAACAAAUUAUUCACAUCAUACUUUCUUUUUAUUCUUCUUUAAAUUUCAGUAGCCUCAGGCAGCUGACUAUUGAGUGUCUUCAAGUUCUCCAGACGCCAACGAGGACCCAGGCCAAAAAAAAUCUUAGCCCAAGGCUUUCUAGUCUUCAUAUCAAAACUCCUCAGUCAAUUUUAAAAGUUUUGAAUCUUAAGAAGCCAGGGUCUCGAGGUUUGUUGUGUUGGUUUUUUUUUUUAGUAAAUAGCUAGUCUCUCAUCAAAACAUGAUCGCGAAGGUGAAAAUUCAAUAUUAAAAUUUCCUCCAUUCACUCUUGAUUCAGUAAAACUGUCCUAUUUUAGAACUUGAAAAGUCUCUGUAAAAAAAUGUACAUAGUAGUUUUAAUAACUAACAAUUGGUAAACCAUUGUUAAAUCUGUACAUAAAUUUUCUAACAGAUCUGCAGACAACAAGGAGAUUAUCAGGCUCUUCUAAACUUGGUGUCUCCAAGUCAGACACAUCUAUAGCUGUGAGUCCAACUGUUGAUGGGAAAAGGACAGAUUCUAUAACAGCCCCAACAAUGCCGAAACGUUUGCGAUUUGUGGGUUUGUCACCCUCACCCACACCUUCCCCAAGUAUGGUUGGACCAGACUGGCCUCAGACAUCUUUUACUGAAGAGCAAAUGCAGGUAACAGAAAUUAACAAAAAUUCAAUUACCUAAUUUCAAUAUCACAAAAAUUUUGCUGUUAAAUUAUCCAUUUUAUUCUUAAUUAAGUAUAUGCAUUGUACCUUUUAAAUAAAUACAUAUUUCCCCAUAAAUCAUCUUUUUCUAAAGUUAGUAUGUUUUCCUUCCUACACAAAAGGUUUUACGAGAGUCAUCUGUAACACCACCCAAUGUAAGAGACACCUCUGUUACACCACCACUACCAAUGGAAGAGGAAAGUUUAAGAGAAGAAAUAAGUAACAAAAGCUCUGGCAACGAGGAACUCAUUAACGGUCCACCACCAUUAUGUGAGUAUAUGUCUGGCAUUCAUUUAACAUAUUUACAUAUUAAUUUUAAGUAUUAAAUUUAGGUGUAAUGGUAACACAACAGCUUGCGCAAAUGACUCCCAUGUAGAUGAUUGCUCAAAUAGAUGCGGGAUCGCCUCCGUCUCAGAGCGAAAAAGCAGCAUUGCUCUGUGUGAGUCUUGGGUAAAUUAGGAAAACUUCUUACACAAACACAGGCUGAAUAGAUUUGAUGAAUCAUAAAGGAAGAUCUUGGAAAAAAAGAAAUAUCUGUUAAAACUAGGAUUAAACCUUUAAGCUAAUUGGCUAAUGAGUGAUUAAUUAUCCUGGUUACUUAGGCAGAUUCUGCUGCAAUUAUUUAUGAUUUAAAUAUGUAUUAUUCUGCAAAUUUGAUACUGCACCAAUUAUUUAUGAUGUAAUUAUGUAGAAUAUUUUUUUUUUUUUUAAUUUGUCCAUCUCCAAGAGAGUGCUUAAUCUUGCUUGAGAUUCUCUUGCAAAACUACAAACCCUUGGGGAGAUGUUAUUGAGAAUCUACUGUUGCUCAUGCAGUGGGACACCACACCAUUCCCCCCCCCCCCCCCCCCCCCCCCUCGACCCCCUAUCCCUAAAGCUGAUGGACUGGAGGGAAUUUGAAAUGGUCAAAAAAGCUUUCAUUGAGUUCAAUAUCAGCCUAUUUGACUGCUCAUAAAUCAGGGGAGGACCAGUAAAAAAAUUUAAGAAGGAAAGUCAGCAGCAACCUAAUUUUUAUGUUGGAAGCAAUGGAAAAACAUUUCUGGUCAAAAGCAUGGUAACCAAGCUCUGUGGAACCUGCUGAUGAACUUUCUGGUGGCAGACUUAAUGGUCUAAAAGAUAAAAUGUAUCCACAAUAAAUUAAUUCACACAAAGUGCAGGUUGGCACCUUUUGUGUUUAAAACAUGUUUGUAUAUUUUAAAACUAUCUAGCUCGGGCCCCUGACAGGUGACAUGGUUUCUCCGCCUCCUUUCUCCUCCACCACUUUUUUUUUUUUUAGGUGUGGGCCUACAAAGUGGAGAAAAUUGUAUUUAUUUUUUUAUUUUGUGAUGUGCAGUUAUGUUUUUUGUAAAAAAAAUAGUUUAUAUUUGUAAGGUUUUUAGUUGUUGUUUUUUUUAUUGUUCAUCUUUUUUAUAUAGCUGGUGAUGAAUCAGUUGAAAUGGCAGUAGAGGAAUAUGGCAAAGAGAAAUAUGAAUCACUUGUUGAACGAAAUGAAAAGGCUGAUUCUCCUAUUGCAGAGGAUCUAAAUGGAAGGUGAUACAAUUAAUUUGUGUAUAAGACAUAAAUAAUAAGUCAUUGACUUUAUGACAUUGCUAUCUUCACAUCUUAUUUGGGAGGAAUGCAGAUCAUAUGGUUAUAAAAGAGAUAUUUGGAAUAUUUAGACUGUGCUAGAUGAGUUAAAUAUUCCAACUUAUGUUACAUCCCCAAGAGCAGAAGUAAGCCUUUGAUGUAACAGAAAUGUGUAUUUUUGUCAAUUUAUUGCUACAUCACAAAAAUUUCAUGGUUUUAUUUUUCCUCAAUCUAGUUAUGCUGAUAAAAUCCAUGAUUUAAUUCGCCCUGAUCUUCAAUCGCCAUGGAAACAAGGCCAGCUUGAUCAGUCCCAAAUGGUGGUAGAUGAUGAGAUCACGUUUAACAUAAUUCAUCAUGAGGCUACAGGUAACUCUUAACACAUAUUGAGAAAAGUGCCUCUCCUCAAAUUACUAAUGAUAUCGUAAUAGAUACAAAGCUUUUGGUGAACCAAGUUGUAGCCUUUCACUAGCUGUUAAACCUAUAACAGGGAGUUGAAAUUUCCUUCCUCAUUGUUAAAACUAUUGCUGAUGAUUCAGAAACUGUCAACUAAACACUAAAUUUUUCAUUCUAUAGACAAGAAUGUUAAUCUUAUUGUUAGUCUUAUCCAAGAGUCGAGUUCCUAAUAUUAACUGCGGUUAAUUUAAGACGAAGCCUUAGGUAAACCAAGUUCUUGCCUUUCUCUAGUUAUUAAACCUUUAACAGGGAAUUGAAAUCUCCUUCCUAUUUGUCAAACUUAUUGCUAAUGAUGCAAAAACUGCCAUCAUCUAAACACUAAAUUUUCCAUUCCAUAUAAACAACAUUGUUAAUCUUAUCCAAGAGCCGAGUUCCUAAUAUUAAAUCCAGUAAUUUAAGGCUAGAAGUUGUUAAAUAUCAUAAUAUAAAUCACGUCCUGCUAUCAAAACUAAUCAGGAAAAUAGAUUAUGAUAACAUUUAAUCAAUUAUUAUUUUUUUAUCUGCACAGAACAAAUCCCAAUUAAACCAUCAAUGACAUCAUCACCGCUAGAACAAGCCUACCAUACAACUAGCUUGGAAUUUCUACAAACAUCAGCUUUGGCUAAUGAGAAUAGAGUACUAAAUAUUGUAAGUAGAAAAAAAUUUUAAAGAUCCAUUUUAAAUAAAAUCUAAAUUUUCAGGUUUCUGAGCCAAGAAUAGCAAAUGUCCAUAUGAUAUUUAUAAAUCAUGACAGCCAGCUUAUUAUAAAUAAAUUUUAUUUAUCUGUUAAUAAAACUUGUCUCAUUUUUAUUAAUCCUAUUUUAAUCUUGUUUCCAGGCUACAUUUUCACAAAGCUCCAUAGAACACACAAGAAUGACCAGCCUUGGAGGCCAGCAAGCACACUCAAGUACUGAAGAGCUUACUGUUAAUAUAACAACGAGCCAUUCUUCCAGCACAAGUGUGGGACACCUAACACACAAUGUGUCACCUGUUAAACUCUCAAGUCAGAGGUCAUCCAAACAACUGAUGAUUGCCACAGAAGUACCAGCAGUCAAUGUGGAAGGGAACUCAGCAGGAAGCGAUUCUCCACCAGCCACACCACCUCUCAGCAAGAAGGCUAAAAUGAUGGUCAGAAUUUCUCAAAAAGAAAGGGAACAGUCAAGGAAUAAUUUACAUAUAUCUGCUCUUAGUUCUGAUGUUGAGGAACCACGAAGAAGGAAGACUCCAGAAAGAAAGACAGAACCUGAAGACCUUUCAGAUGUUUCAGAAAGAAUUUCCCCAUCAAGAAGAUUGCGUAAACGAAAAGAAGAUUUAGUGGAAAACAUUGGGGAACAGGUUGAAAGGCCAUCGUCUCCCCUUAGGAGUCUAAGAAGGACACCAGAACGAAGGUCCACUUCUCGAAACUCUGAGCUUGAAGAUGUUAUCCGAAAGUCAAGUAGGUUAUCUCCAUCAAGGCAGGUGCGUCAGCAAAGUCAGGAUAAGGUAGAGGAUGCAGAAAAACUAGAAUCCCCUUCUAGACCGCAAAGAAAAACACCAGAGCGAAAAUCUCCUUCAAGAACCACAAUAAAGUCAAAAGCCAAAGUUGAGGAGGUUGAAACAAAAAUUUCAAUUCCUGAACAUUUGAUACAGUCAACUAGCCAGGAUGUAGAUGAGACAGCAGAAAGACUUGAAUCCCCUUCUAGAACUCGAAGAAAAACACCAGAGCGGAAGUCACCUUCAAGAAUUACUAAAAAGUCAAGAAAAGAAGAGGUUGAAACUGACGCUCCUAUGUCUGAGUUAUUGAUCCUGUCAUCUAGCCAGGCAACGAUAACAACUCAAGAUAAAACACAAAGGUUUGGAGACACUGAUUUGGUUUCUGAAGAAUUUGUAGCCCAGGUCCCUGAGUCAUCUCCUGAACUCCCAACUCGGAGACGUUCGGCCAGACUUAAGACACCAGACUUGACUGGUUUUGAAGCAGAAACUCUAGAGCCACUAUCCCCGGCCAGGGGCGCGAGGGGCAAAACUCCUCCGAGAGCUGUCCAUAGAGUUUUAGAUGAGACAAUAACUGAAAGCAAUCAGAGUAAAAGUACUGAACUAAUUUUUGAAGAAAAUAAAACUGUGUCUGAUAUACAAUCAAAGAAAGCUGAGGGACGGUCCGUUCCAAGCCAAGAGAGAAAUGAAGUGGAAGAAGGUCACAAUUUAAGGAGGACAAGGGGGCAGUCUAAGACACCUGAUAGAAUACUUGAUGAGUCGCCCUCUAGAAAGGAGAAAGAGGAGGAUUUUGAAGAAGGUCAAAACUUAAGACGUUCCAGGCGACAUUCUAAAACACCCGACAGGUCAAUUGCAGAACCAUCAACUCCUACCAGACGAUCCAAGCGACCUCUCAAAAUCGAACCAUUGCCUGUCAGAGAGUCUUCUCUUUCUCCUAAAAGAACUGGUGCCAGCACAACGAACGAACCAGCAACUCCUCCAAGAAAAUCGGCUCGCAGAUUAAAAUCUCCUGACCGCCUGAGCACCGAUCAAAUUGAAUCAGUGUCACCACAAAGGUCACCUAAAAGGUUUUUACCUGUUUUUAAACAGCUUUUCAAUUAUUUUUUUAAAUAUAUAUUUUCCUACAAAAUGUUGAACUAAUUUAUUAUUUUUAAAUGUCAAACCUAAGGAACUGAACUAGCAAGUUAUUAUGAUGGCACUGGUGGGGUAUAUUUACACCAUAUAAACUAACCAUUCAGUACAGUAAAUGUCUUACCUAGAUCACUCAUAUGCAUGCUGGCAUAUUUUCUUUUUUUAAUAGUUUUUGUAAAGCAUGACAUUUUAAAUCAUACAUAUUUUUCAAUAUGCUUUGAUUCCAGUACAAUUCACAAAAGUGUCAUGAUUACUGUUCACUCACAUUAUGAGCACUUGGGUAGCCAUUCCUAAGAUCUAAGAAAUUUUCUUUUAACUAUUUACAGGUCUGUGAAAAAACAGCCUCCACAAAGAGAAAAAAGUCCAGAAAGACAGGAAUCUGAAAGUAUUGAACCAAGUGUUUCACCUGCAAGAAAGACAAGAAGGGAGAAUUCCGAGGAGCCCCAACAAUAUCCCACUCAUAGGACUCAGGGAAGAAAGACUCCAGAUAGAACAGUGUCAGGUAUGAUGCAUCUUGUAAUAGCUAGCACCAUACAUGAUGACACUGGUCAUUACUGUGUUAAACAGUUGCUUUCAUUUAAUAGCAGGUGCUGCUCCAUGCCCUCCUCCCCCCCCCCCGGCACAAAUGGACCAUAAAGAGCUUUGCUUUAUCUCCUGAAUGAGAGCGAGAAGCAGCUAGGUAAAUGGUGGUAAGAGUAACGGAAAGUAAAAUUAUCUUGUAUGUUAAACAGUUGCUUUCACUUAAUAGCAGGUGCUGCUCCAUGCCCUCCUCCCCCCCCCCGGCACAAAUGGACCAUAAAGAGCUUUGCUUUAUCUCCUGAAUGAGAGCGAGAAGCAGCUAGGUAAAUGGUGGUAAGAGUAACGGAAAGUAAAAUUAUCUUGUAUUUUUUUUAUUUAUCAAAGUCAUUGUUUAAUUUGAGAAUGCUAAGCUACUUUUUUUUCCUAUAGAGCCACAUUUAACCCAAGAAGAAAUGGAAGUGUUUGAAAACCAACCCACUGAAACCAGGAGGCAGUCGCCAUCAAGAACCGUAAGAGGGGCAGACAAAACAUUGGAAAUUCCUCAAAAGUCUGAAGUUAACACAGAAGAGCCUGGGAAUAUGGAACAACCCGAGGAGGAAAUGCCACCACUAAGAUUGGAACUAGAUGAUGAGAUUCCAGAGGAUCAGCCAAACACAGAUCAGGAACAACAACCAACAUCAUCAACUUUUCUGUCACAAAAUAGCACUCCUAAUAAAGGUUAGUAGUGAAUCUUUCAUUACAAGAUCUUAAUACAUAGUUCAAUGCUUCAGCUCUCAAUAGGUUUUCAAAGAAAGUCUUCGUUAGUUAAAUUUCCACAUAUGAAGUAUAGUUUUGAUGGUCUUAUGGGUAUUUGUUUCAUACGGUAACCUUGGUGGUCUGGGCUGUCGUGUUAUUUAAGUUAUACAUCACUUGUAAACAAAAUAAAAGCUACUUAAAGAUUAUAAUAAUAUGGCUGUUAGGUGACCACUUAGUUAGCUGAGCCACUGAAGGUAAAAAAGAUACUGGGGCUUUUCUCACCUCAUUUCAAAAAUGUGUAAAAAGAAUAAGUGGUUUGUUGACAUUCUUCUCUUCCCAAGCAAACAUUGAAGUUACACAAGCAACUAGUUAUAAGUGUUUCUAGGCAACUAGUGACCUUAUUCGGUUACAUAUUUAUAAGUAUUUCUUAGCAACUAGUUACCUUAUUCAUUUACAUAUUUUAAAGUUAAUAAUCCUAAUGACAUUGGAUGGACAGUUAGUAAUUAAAGUGAACCAAAUGCACAGUUAUUUUCCCUGAAAUAUAAAUCUCCUCUGCUAGAGAUAAAUUUGUCAUGGCUUUAAACAAAUAUAUUGAUCCUAUGUUUAAAAUUUAUCAGCAGAGUCAAAAAAUGAUCUCAGCCAUUCCUUCAUCUUCUCGCCUCCACUGAAACAUGCCUUGAGAAGUCAGACACAGGACAAAGUUGAAAAGGAAAAAGGAGAAGAACUAGAGAUGGAAGAACACAGAUUUAUAUUUUCAAGCCCCACAAUAGCUGCUGACAAUGAAAAGAAACACCACAGGGAGACAGACGUUGAACCCACUGGAAAUGACAAACCCAAAAAUGCAAGAAAAAAGAUGUGGGUGAUUUUUCAGACUGAUUGGUUUCAAAUUCCAAGAUUUUGUGAACAUAAAUAUAUUAUAAUUUUUAAAAAUAUUAAUUUUGAGUUGUUAAACUAUUUGUUACAAGGGAGAGAUUAGCACCUUUAUUAAGUAGUUAAAAAUUUCUACAGGAAUAGCGCCUUAUUGGUUUUAUUAGGAAGACAGAUUGUGGAUACAAACGGUUAAUGCUAGUUAUCCUCAUUUUUUAAAUUUCAAAAAUCUCUUUUUUCUCUCUCUCUCUCUCUCUCUCUCUCUCUCUCUCUCUCUCUCUCUCUCUCUCUCUCUCUCUCCCCCCCCCCCCGCCCUAAUUAUGUUUUCAAUUGAUUAAUUAAAAAUCACAGUUUCAUUACUUCUCUUAAUAAUACUUCCUAUUACACUUAUUUAAAAUAAUCUGUAUAUUCAUAUCCUCUCUCUCUCCCUACAAAAUUAUAUUUUAUUUUAAAGGUAAAAUAAAUGGUUAAAAACAGUUAAUGAAAGAUUGAAUUAUUGUUGUUCCUGCCUAAUACCUUAAACAGUAAAAAGUUUUUAAUAUAAUAAAUGGUAAAAAUGUUCUUAAAAUUGUAGAAAAUAAAGAAUGGUAAAAUGUUAACGCUGAAUAUAAUGAAUUAUAAAAUAUUGUUUUGAAUGUGGUAAAACUAAAAUAUUCCUGUUGAAUGCUGUAAAAACUCCUGAAAUAUAUUGAGCAUAAAGAUUGUAUUUUUCUAUUUUAAUCAAAAGGAAAAAGCGCACUCAGUAUGGCAGUCCAAUAUUGCUCUCACCAUCACCGGUAACAUCUGGCAAGUCACGUAACACUAGACAACAGACUGUUAAUCAACCUGCUCGUGGGACAUUUCAGUUCGGCUAUUUGAGCAAUAGACACACCUAUCGCAGGACGAUGAGGUUGAAGCCACCACAGGUGAGAUUGAUUUCUAUUUCCAUGCGUCCAUGUUUUUUUUAAUUAUUAAAAUAAAAGGUAAAUAAAAAAACAUUGAACUAUGAUGUAAUUUCAUUGUUAAUUCUUGCCAAUCUUUAUUGCAGGGAUCUUCAAGGCAGUAAAGGAAUCAGUAUGACAUUUAGAGAUUUAUUUUUUAAUACGUAAAAGAGAGUCAAGAAUGUGUACUUCAAGAAUGAAUUGUUUUAUUUCCGUUUUGGCAUAAAGAAUAAUAUUUUGUAAUUUUAGUGUAUUGAUCUGCAUAUUUAGAAGGUAUCGCUUCCAAGAACUAUACAGUAAUAUCUCUAGAUGAUUGUUCUAAAAGCAGGAUUAUUCCUGAUGGUGAAUUUUGUGUAUUUUAUUAUUAUUUUUUUUAAUUACAUGUGAAUUGGAA